AUGAAUCGCAAUUUGCUAGAAGAUAUAGAUCAAAAUUCUUCAUUGGUUAAUUACAAAAACACUUCGUCGCCGUCAGCUAUUUCGUGUUCGUGGGGCUUGUGGCCCCCUACAAAAGCCGAUGCCGCCGAAAUUGAAGUGCCUGUAUGCAUCUUGUACCAGCCAUUCAACUUGGAACAAGAAUUGUCAGUGGUUCGUUACGAGCCAAUUCGAACUAAAAGCGGAAACGUAGUGCUCAACACAAACUGUACUGUAGACUUUCGCAAUAAAACAUGGACUGAUCCAAUAACGUCCACCUGUAAUAUGUUUCCGCCAAAAUAUGCAGAUCAAAUCUCUGAGACUUGUUUACCCACUGAGCUGAUAUCGCCGACGAUAGAUUAUUUGCUGCCAAGUCCGGGAUUGAUGUCUAUUUCAUAUUGUUUCAUCAUCGACAUCGCUAUCUACCAGGAGGAGUUAGAACAGGUGAAAGACGCAUUUUUACAGAUGAUCGGACUUUUGCCGCCUAACGCAAACAUCUCAAUUAUCACAUACGGAUCCUGCAUCAACAUUUACGAGCUUGUACAGGCAAAUUCUAUCAGAAGUUUUGCUUUCCGCGGAAACAGUGACGUAACGCUUCAGUCGCUGCAGCAACAGUUAGGGCUUUAUUCAACUCAUGGCAACAGCGAACAGGACACCCGGUUUAUGGCUAAAAUUUCAAAUACUGAAGACGUAAUCGUAUCGAUAAUAGAGUCGAUCGAAUCGGAAAUGUGGCCAGUGUGCAGUGACAAACGAACGGUUCGUUGCACUGGAACAGCGAUAGCAACCGGUAUUGCACUCAUGGAAACGCUGUGUCCGGACACGCCGUGCCGUAUUCAACUAUUUGUGGGAGGGGUAAGUACUGCCGGUGUAGGGGCUGUAGCCCCCCUAGAACUGGCGAUUCCGAUUCGACAGCACCAGCACUUAAACAGAAAUUCGAACGAAAAAAAACUGUACAAAAGAAACUGUGCUUACUACGAGUCACUUGCUAUGCGUGCGCAAAACGCUGGCCAUGCAAUUGAUUUGUAUUGCUGUGCUUUAGAUCAAACAGGGCUUGCCGAAAUGAAAGUUUUAGCAGAGAAAACCGGUGGGAUUUGUCUGAUGACAGAUACUUUCUCGUUAAGUGUGUUCAGAGACACGCUUAAAGAAGUGGUCAAAACGUUAGGAACCCACCGCGCAGAAGCUUAUAACGUGAAGAUCGAAGUGCAAUGCACAAAAGAAGUUCGUAUAGCCGGUGCAAUAGGUUGUUUGUCGAGCUUAAACAAUAACAGUUCUCUUGCAAGCGACACCUCAGUGGGUGAAGGGAAAACAAACGAGUGGGCGCUCGGAGUAAUGCAUCCGAGCUCAACGGUUGCGUUUUAUUUCGACAUCAACAACAACACGGCGAUGACUGUCAGAAACAAGUCCGCAAUUUUGCAUUUCAAGUGUUUCUACACAAAUCCUGCUGGUGAACGCCGCUUGAGAGUGCACAACGUUUCUUAUAAAUUUGGAGACGGAGCUCUCAUUCAGCUCGGAACGUCGUUUGACCAGCAAACAGCUACAGUUGCUAUUGCUCGGCUCGCGGUGCACAGAAUGCAGACAGAAACUACUCUCGACACGUUCCGAUGGCUAGACCGUAAAUUAAUUCGGGUUAGUUCUUUGUUUGGAGAUUACCAAAAAGGUAUUCCGUCGAGUUUCAGGCUGCCUAUGGAGUUUAUGUACUACCCGACGUUCAUGUACCAUCUGCGCCGAGGUCCGUUUAUUGACGUACUCAACAACUCGCCAGACGAAACAGCGUUUUAUCGUCUUUGUUUGCUGCGUGAAAAUUUAAGAAAUACAAUUACGAUGGUGACACCAAGUUUGAUUAUGUACACACUCAACGAAUCGUUGCCCCAGCCCGUCGUACUCGACAGUUCGUCGCUUAAAAAUGACUGUGUUUUGCUGAUGGACUCGUACUUUCACGUGGUCCUGUGGCAUGGACAGUCAAUAGUUCGCUGGAAAGCACACGGCUACCACGAAAAGCCGGAAUAUGCAAAUUUAAAAACUUUGUUAGAAGCCCCUGUCGAAGACGCGCUGAUGUUGCUGAAAAGCAAGCUUCCCUGUCCAAAGUUCAUUAACUGUGGAGCUGGCGGUUCUCAAGAACGAUUUUUACUGGCGAAAGUUAACCCCAGCAUAAAGACGCACAGUUCUCAAGACAUCGACAGCAAUGAACCUGGCGCGAUCAUGACAGAAGAAGUCAAUGUCAACGCUUUUAUCGAACACUUGUCAGAACUCGCGAAAUCAUCAAACACAUCCACAUCAGACGGGAACACGUUAUAA